AUGCAUGUACCACCGCAGAGGUUUGCUAGUAAAGUUUUGGAUACUCCAGUUGAAACUGAAAAGGAUGUAUAUAUUUUCAAGCAUUCAAACGAUCCCACACCCGAUCAGAUGGAUGCUCUCAUUUCUCAACUACAGUCAACUGCAAGGAAGCCUCCCCAAGCGGUUCCUGUUAUUUCUGCUUCUCCAUCUGAGAGUGAUAAAAUUGAUUCAGACGCCUCCUUAUUGCCAAGAAUGCGAAGACGUAACGAUCCAAGGUCGGGAGUAUUUGUUUCUGAACCAGUACAACCAUCAAGCCCUACUGAAGAACCAACCCUAGUUUCUCAAGUUAAUCAAAGUCUUUCUAUAGGACUAGCCCAGAUGGCUCAAGAUGAUCUAAGCCCUAUUGUGGAACCAGUCCAUGUCUCUCAAGAUGAUGAAGAAACAUUCACCUCACGAAGUUCCUCUGCUCCAUCACUUCCAGAGCAUGAUGCCAAAUCUGUCAAGCUAGUCAGGAUACUUCCUUUUCAAGAUUCUAUUUCUCAAUCAAAAGGCAAAGGAAUAUCUAUCGGCUCUGGACAAGGGAGUGAUGAAUAUUCUCAUCAAAUUAUCUCUGAGCUUAAACAGGAGAUUGUGUCUUUGAGGCAGGAAUCAAUGGAGAAGGACUUUCUAAUUGGUAAUUUGGAUGUAAGAUUAUCUAGUCUUGAAAAGGAGAACUCUGUUAAAGAUACGAAGAUUUAUGAACUUCAAGCAAAUCUUGGUGGUAUAACUGCUUUACUCUUUGACUUGAAACAACGCUUACAUCAAAAGUUUGGUGAUGAUUUCCAACCUUUGAGCUCUAAAGGCGAAAAGAUUACAGCUUCUACUUCUAAUCCAGUUAAUCCAUCUUCUCAAGGUGUAAGUGAGAGGGUUGUUAGACCAUCUCCGGACGCGAAUCUUGACACUUUUUUAGCUUCUGGUCCUUCUUCUGCUCAAGAAAGGAGAGAGAAGCAAGCACGAAUUGAGGAGCUGAAGGGGAAGAUGUUAGUUAUAAAGCAUUAA